AUGUAUCUUUGGGUUUCCUUCUUUUUGAUCGCUACCUACACUAAUUUUACAUAUUGCAAGAACAUCACUAGAAUCAAACGUGGAUUUGAAUCUAGUGGGGGUGGUGGUGGUGGAGGAGGCGAUUAUGGAGGUGGUGGUGGAGGUGGUUUAAGUGGAGGUGGAGGAUUUGGAGGUCAUGGCGGUGGAGGAGGUGGAUUUGGAGGGGAUGGAAAUGGAUUUGGAGGUGGAGGUGGAUUUGGAGGCGGUGGUGGAGGUGGAUUUGGUGGCGGCGGUGGAUUUGGAGGUGGUGGAGGAUUUGGAGGCGGGGGAGGAGGAGGAGGAGGAGGUGGAGGUGGUGGUGGAGGAGGUGGAGAUAUCACCCACAUCACUUUAACCCGUCAAAUUCAAAUUCCUCAACCUUAUAACGUCCCAGUUCCGGUUGAACAGAAAGUUCCUUAUCCAGUUAAAGUUCCGGUUACCAUAAAAGUGGAUAAACCUUACCCAGUUCCGAUUCCCAAACCAUAUCCUGUUAAAAUUGACAAACCCGUUCCUUACAAAGUUGAAAAGACAAUUCCUGUUCAUGUUACAGUUCCUGUUAAAGUACCAAUUCCAGUGCAAGUGCCCAUUCCUGUUCCAAAGCCUUAUCCUGUUCAUGUUACAAAGCCUAUUCCUGUUAAAAUUCCCGAAAAUAUUUAUGUGAAAAAACCGGUACCAGUUUUUAUUAAAGGAGGAGGUGGUGGUGGUGGAAAUGGAGGAUUUGGAGGAAGUGGUGGAGGUGGUGGAUUCAGUAGCGGAGGAGGUGGUGGAUUUAGUAGUGGAGGAGGUGGUGGAUUCAGCAGUGGAGGAGGAGGUGGUGGAUUCAGCAGUGGAGGUGGUGGUGGUGGAUUCAGUAGUGGAGGAGGUGGUGGAGGUGGCGGAUAUGGAGGUCAUCAUUAA